AUGGACGACGAUGGGGAUGAUAAAGAUGACACAAAAAGGAGGACUCGUAAUCUUAGUGAGAAAAAGAGGAGAGAUCAGUUUAACAUGCUUGUCAAUGAACUUAGUUCUAUGGUGUCUACUAACAACAGAAAAAUGGACAAAUCUACUGUUCUAAAAUCAACAAUUUCAUUCCUGAAAAAUCACAAUGAAAUAACAGUUAGGUCUCGUGCGCAUGAUGUGCAAGAAGACUGGAAGCCGGCAUUUUUGUCGAACGAAGAAUUUACUUACCUAGUAUUAGAGGCAUUGGAGGGCUUUGUGAUGGUGUUCUCAGCAACAGGGCAAAUAUAUUAUGUGUCAGAAAGUAUCACAUCACUGCUUGGUCAUAAUCCUGCUGACAUAGUAAACAAAAGCAUAUUCGAUUUGGCAUUUGAGGAGGACCGACCAAGCUUGUAUAACUUGUUACAGAAUCCAAGUAAUGCAACGGAUCUUUUACAAACAGGAGUCAAAGAGAACGAAAUACGUUUCCAGUGCCAUCUUAGACGAGGAAUUCUAGACUUCAGAGAUGAGACUACUUAUGAACUUGUACAGUUCAAUGGACAUUUCCGGGCAAAUGUGGAACAAGUAGACAUCGACGAUAGUAUUUCAAGUUACCAACAAGAAGCACGAAUCUAA